GGUAGGUUAUAUAGCCGUGUGAAGAAUCGGCGCUCAUUCUUCACUGUAACAGUCGCGAGUGAGAAUCAGUGUGAGCAUCGCCGUCUUGUCUGAAUUAAUACUACAGCAGCAGGACUGCAGAACUUUUAUUAAAAUUACAUUCUCCUAUCAGACAUAUAUCGUCAGACAUAUACAAGUGAAAAUUUGCAAUUGUACAUAUUCACUCGCGUUAUACAAAGAAUUUGAAAGUUUUUCGGUGUAAAUUAAAAAAUUUUUCUAAAUAAUUAUGUGUGAAUAUUAACUAAAUUAUUAAAAAUUAUUUAAAAUGGAAGAAACAGUGGCACUGAUUAAAUCAUGCAUAAUUUCGAAGAAAGGCGGCGUACCAGUUAUUGAUUUGAAUGAUGAGUUUCAAACUCUCGUCGGAGAACCUAUUCCUUACCGUAGAUUGGGAUUUUCGAGUCUCAAUGCGUUUUUGCGAAAUAUAGACGGUUUGGAGAGAACUUGGAACAAUUUUGGUGACGAGAUAUUUACAAUAAACGAUUCUAAAAUCUCUCAUAUCGACAAACUUAUACGCAAGCAGAAAGAUAAUUAUUCUAAGACACGAGACAAAUAUUACAAACAAUUUAUGCGAAAUGAUGACAAUUGUAAAUAUAAUAAUGACGGGCGGAGAGAAAGGAACAGAUUAGUUUGGAAUAACAAUCGCUCUAAUAGACGAAAUCAAAAUUACCCUUAUCAUCGUAAUCCAAAUUCAUAUCAAAACAAUGGCGUUUAUAAAAAAGGAGAAAUUUGGAAUGGAGUAGAAAAUCACUACCCGGUAGUAAUAGAAACAAAUGAAGUGAAAAAUAAUAAUGGCAUAUACUUACCUGUUGCAAACGGUCAACAAUUAAUUGGAGACGAUUUUUUCCUACAACUUGCAAUACGAAAUCUUCAUCUCCCUAUUUGGAGAUAUAAAGACAGCUUAGCAUUGCAUUGUGGCUUGUGUGUCUCUGGACAGACUAUUAGUGACUGUACUCGGGCUUUGAGAAAUGUCAGUAGCAUCUCUAAUCGUGUCGUGAUUCUGCUUGGCUCAGCUGAUAUUUACAACAACGCCACUUGCGACGAGAUGAUAGAUGAUAUGACGGAACUCUUGCAAGUUCUCCGGUCUAAGUUCCAUCUUUCAAACACGGCCAUUACCAUCUGCACUCUUCCACCUUUGGCCAAUCUCGGCAUUUACGCCUACAGGAAUCAAAGUUUUGCUUUAUUCUCUUUCAACAAUUGGAUAAGAUCUUUGGCGUAUGAUCCGGCUAGACGAGAUUCAUCUUUUAUCAAUUAUUCCGUAAUAGAUUUGUACGAAAAGUUCUGUUUAGAUGACACGUAUAUCACAAACUACGACUGGUUUCAAGUGGAUGCUCGUAGAGUAUCUGGCACGAAAUAUUCUUAUGUGCUGUGGAACCUCAAGGGACGACAGCGAGCUAUGAGUCUCAUCUGCGAAGAGAACAACAUGGAUCCAGAAGUCCCAGCUCUUUGUCAAAGCAAAGAGUUUUCCUGGGAUCUUUCGUUAUAUUAAAUAAUAAACCGUAUGGGAAAAGAAGCGGAACGAUACACCAUGGAAAGCCUUAUUCGUCGUUCGGGGCGAAGAAUGCUUUCUCGAGGAGUUUCCAAGGCGUAUUCUCCCGCUUUCUUCGUAGAUGUGUAACUAAGUAGCGUAAUUCAAACCAACGCCUUUGUCAGCGCCUCUUCUGUCUAUAAAGAAAAAAAUAGUUGCAUAACGCUACAUUUCCUAAUAAUUAACACUUUAAAGUUAAAAUUUUUCUUAAAUCACGCAGACAAUUCUUUUUAAACUUUUUUUGAAGAAUUGAUUUUCUGAAACAAUUAUUUUGUUCAUUCUAUUUUAAAAAUUUAUGUGGCUUCUGCUUCAUCGCAAAGAUAAACUAAAAGCAGGGCAAGGUAAUACAUAUGUCUUUGUACAUGAAUGUAAUGUAAACGUAUACAAACGUAAUUUAUGUAUCUCUGUUUUCAAAUAGACGUUGAUUCAACCGUCGAAUACAAUUUUGUUUGUUCGUGUUUCAAGGGAAUGGCUAUUGACAUAGACUUUAAAUUUGCACGAAAUAUUGAGUAUGUACAAUAAUUAAUAUAUUCAAUACUAAACUUAAACGUUUAAAACUCAAGUUUAAACAGUAAUCAUUAUCGAUACAAGGUUCAUAAUUUUCUCUAUCAAUUUCUAAAUAUUAAAAUUAUCACAGAUUUAACAGAAGUUAAUCAGUUUCAAUAUUACUAAAUUAAUAGUUAUAAUUUAGAAUUUACUCUCCUAUUUAUAAUUUAGACUUUCCCGCUUCACAUCGGAACAGAUUAAACAGAUAAUAAGCUCGUGCCUCGGGAAACUAAAAAGUAUAGUGCAUUUUUACAAUUAGAAGCGGGUAUAAUUUAAAAAUGAUACGCAUACUUUUUUUUAAAAAUCUUGUCUUUUCCUAAUGAAUAGAUUACACGAGCUAAGUUUAAUCAAGUUCCUCACCGUGUGUUUAAGAUUAACUUUUUUUUGCAUUUACAUAUAGUUUCCCAUGUAGAUUUGAUUAAUUAUUAAUAUAUACUUAUGUUUAACGGUUUUACAAUUCAACUUCAGUACUUACAAAUUCAAAUAGUACUCGAUAUAAGAAAAUUCAUAAAUUCCUCUCUAUUUAAUUUUAAAUACUUUUCUGUAGAAACCUCUUCUUUUCUUAAUGAACGGAUUACGCGAAGAUUAUUUUUAAUCAAGUUCCUUGCUAUUUGUUUAAGAUUAACAUUUUGCAUAUAUAUUGUUUCUCACAUAGAUUUGAUUAAUUAUUAAUAUAUGUUUAAUCUUGAAACUUUUACAACUUCAAAACUUACAAAUUUAAAUCUCAAAUUUAAUUCACAAGUUUAAAAGUAAUCGAUGUAAGAGAUUCAUAAAUUUCUACAUUUAUUCCCUAAAUACUUUUCUUUAGAAAUCUUGUCUUUUCCUAAUAAAUGGAUUACGCGAGUUAAUUUUAAUCAAGUUUCUCACCAUUUGUUCAAGAUUAACAUUUUUGCAUAUAUAUUUUCUAUGUAAAUUUAAUUAAUUAUUAAUAUGUAUUUAAUCUAAAAAAAACUUUCACAACUCAACUUCAUAAUUUACAAAUUCAAUUUGCAAAUUUAAAAGUAAUCGGUAUAAGAGAUUCAUAAAGUUCACCAUUUAAUCUCUAAACUGUUAAAAUUAUUACAGAUUUAAUAAAAGUCAUCCAGGUUCAGUAUUAAUAAAUAACAGAUGCAUUUUAUGAAACAUGAUCAAACGAAAUUUAAUAAAUUAUAUUUAUGAGAUAUUUACUAUUUUGUAAAAAGAUUGAGUUAUCAUGAGAAGGAAUUAAUAUAGGUACAGAUUACAAUUUUUUUCGUGUGUACGUAUAUAUAAGUAUUGUGUGCACGUAUAUUUAAUCGAAAUAUUUGUUUAUUAUUAUUGUAUUCGAUGUAUUUUAAUAUACGCUAACAUUUAAGUAUAUGUAUUAAAUAUUCGCAAGCAAGUUUAAAAAAUGCAAUGUUAAAUUAAAAAAAAAAAAAAAAAAUUAAAAUUAGUCAAUUAAUUUUAUAGUUAAAUGGAAUUAAAUUAUUUAAGCUGAUUACUACAGCGUCAGAUUCCAAUUAAAGAAAAUUUGGUAAAUGGAAUGAAUAAAAUGAUUGAUUUGAAAAAUCAAUUCUUCAAUUAAAGUUUAAAAAGAAUUGUUUUUGUAAUUUAAGAAGAAUUUUCAUUUUGAAGUGUAAUUAGGUAGUAAUCCUAACAGCACACUUCAUCCAGGGGACGUCCCACGGGACGUCCCCCGAGCGUUCCAUGGGCGUCUCAUUUGGGAGAUCUGUGCUGUUAGGGAAAUUAAAAAAAUGUAGCGUUUAAAUUAAUUUUGAAUAACUUUAGAAAAGAAUGCGAAAGAUCUUAUCUAAAAGAAAAAAUUUGUUAACACAGACUUGCAAUGACAAUGUUGUGAUAGUAGCGCCAUUAAAAUACAUGUUAUAAUAAUGAUAUCACGCUAGCGUUAUAUCUAAUUUUAUGAUAUUUAUCAUUUUGGUAAUGUAUUUAAAAAAUAUGUAAUUGACGCGUCAAAUUUUAAUGCAUGUACACGUAUUGUGACCAAUAAAUCACGAAUGCAUAUAA